AUGCGAUAUGAAAUUCCUUCUAACUUUACAGUUAGAUGUGUUCAUCCAUGUGGGCAGCCAACGAGUGCCAUUGGAAACGAUUCGAAAGGGAUUGCUGGUAUAUUCUACGAAUGUCGUCGUCAAUCGGCCCUAGCCGGCUCAUUGGACAAACCCAGACGCGCCGCUCGGUCAUUUCAUCGAAAGUGGAAGAAACACCAAAAUUUACCCAUCGCCAGAGAACGUUUUGCAUGCAUGUUGUCUCGGUGCUUAUAUGAUUUGGACAAAUCAUAUCGUCGUUUAGAUCAACGCUUUGUCCUCUUGUAUUUCUCAUACUACGCGCUCAACCCCGUCAAAUUCUCAAAUUGGACCCUCGAGACUCCUCCCGUUCGAGUGGGAAGACAAGUUGAUCGUCUAUUGGAGGUGAAUGCUGUGUUCAGAUGGUCGGCGGAUAAUCUUAAGAAUAAUAAUCUUGUCAGGACUAUCGAGCAACGUUGGAAACCAAACAAAUUGGGAUCGAGCCUCACACAGACCGGUAUUACGGAUAUGUUGAGUGUGCACGAUGAGGUUGGUUUUGUGAAUGAAAAUAGGGAAACGAAACGAUGA